AUGCUGAAUCCAUUAUCAAACCCAAAAGGUUACCCCAUUUACGCUAUGGAUCUAGUCGCAUCACCUUCAGAACGACUUCCUGCCCGGAAACAUUGUCCUUCAAUCUUGACACUUAUUUCUCUUUUUCAGGACAAUCUAUUCCCUGCGAAUUAUGUGGAGAAUUCCACCGAGCACCGCGAUCUAGAUUACAAGAGCAUACAUGAUCGUGUGUGCCCGCUUAUAUCCUCGCUCAAGCGAAUCAGUAACAGACCUGGUUCUGAAGAAGAGCGAAUGGAAAAUGCCAGACAGGUCAAGGCUCUCAAGACUCAGAUCUAUGAAAAGUCAACUGAACGUGCAAAGACUUGGCUUGCUCAACAAAAGUUCGAUCUCGUCAUACCAGCAGCAUCUCAAUCUCUCCGCCUAGCACUCGCACUCUUUUCACAAGACGGAAGUCUGGAAGUCGUCACAUCACGACUAAUUCUUGGAGAAGCGUGCUGCGGAAUGACUCAAUAUGCUGCUUGUGAAGAGCACUUGUCGCAGGCUCGGUGGGCAAUGACCAAAUCUGGAAGCACAGAUCCAUCCACGAGAGCAAGAUUACAUCGAGCUACCGCUGCCUUAUAUGCUGCAAAGGGGGAUCGUACUAAGGCGAUUGAGGAGCUUGCUUCUGAGAUCUACUAUCUGGGACUAUCAUAUGGGCCUGAUUCACCAUACUGUGGUGAUGCUUUAUCUCGACUAGGAACCGCAUUUGAAGGCCUUGCAAAACCCGAUGCUGCUUUUGCGUCUCAUGUUAUGGCUACCACAUGUUGGAAUCAAGACUUUUCAAAAGGGUUUGAUGAUGCAUUGACGUCGGAAGGUGUACAUACAUUGUCAUCAGCUAGAGACUGCUUCUCAAAGAUGGGCCCCUCGUAUGUAAAACAACUCCAACAGGCUGAUAAUUUACUCGAAGCAUUGUUGAGGACGCAAUCACUGCGUCGGUAA